ACAGGAGACACCUAAAUACACAUCAUUUUCAUACAAGUGCUUAAAUAAAGGUCUCCUAGCAGUCCUGGGCUGUGUGUGUGUGAGCUGAGGGUGUGUGCCCAGCUGUGAAACAGAACCAAACCUGAAAAGAAGCAUGUGGAAAUCUACCAUUGGAGUUUGUCACUAAUGCAGGUUUAAAAACAGUAUUUUAAAAUGGUUUUGGAACUUGAAGUCUUCCAGUAUUAUUAUUUUUUUUUUUUUUACUUUCCACCCUCACAAGCAUUCUCACAGUUCAUUAAUUAGCAAUAGAUAUCGAAGCCAUUGAUUUAAUAAAAUCAUCACCUUAAUGUUUUAUAAGGUUAUAUUCCAUACAGUGAUGUCCUCCUUAUCAGUGAUAACGUUGGGAAGUUCUGAAGCCCACAUUGGCUGCCUCCUGCUUUGUUUUCGUAUUGACCAGAAAUAGCUUUGUGCCAAUCCUUCCCGUAAGGGCAGACCCAGUGUUUGUUUAAGCUUGGGCAGAGUUGCACAACUUCAACUUAAUGUUUUAGGUUAAUUUUUAUUUUUUUUCCUUAGGUCCUAUGCUUAGAUAUGGAAAGUCUUUACGCCAAAGGAUUGAAUUUUGGUGGCUUUUUUUGUUUUUUUUUUCUUUUUUUUAUUUUGCAGAUGCAUUUUAUGGCCGUAGGUGCUGUAGAUAUACCACCCCCUAAUGUUUUCACAUUGCUCAGAAAGUUGGCACAGUCAGCAAUACCAGUAGCUAAAAGGAAUACCAGCUACAGGAAUGCCAGUAGCUAAGAGACAUUUGCAAGUGAGGAGUUAUUUCAAAAGAAACAACAACAACAACAACAACAAAAAAGGAAAACUUCUGAUUGAAAAAUAUCGGGGUAGUGAGGUCAAUAUAAUUCAAAUGAUUUUUUUUUCAGAAGAAAGUUCAAAAUCAUAUUGGUUGUGUUUAAAUAAAGGUUAGUUUUCUGAAGAGCAAGCAGAAUCAGACUGGUUUUUGCUACCUCUGAAAAGGAAUGUUUAGGCGCUUAUCUAACAGGGAGAAUGUUAGGAUUCAUUCAGAAUUGCUCUGUAUAUAUUACAUAUUUUAAAUCCUAAAUUAAAAAAAAAAGAAAUCCUGACUUUCACUGGUCUGAAUUCUGUGAGUUAAUGAAUUUGCAAGGGCAAUGACAUUUCAGUAAAAGCAAGACCUCAGUUAAUUAUUAAUGGUGAGUGGCAUGUAUCACCACUGUCAGUGGCAUUUUUGUUCCUCUGCAGCAGCAGUGAAAUACAGUUUAAUUCAGACUUGCUGGCAUUGUGGGUGUGCUGAUUGAGACACUAUGGCUAUUUUAAUAUAUUUCUUUGUUUUAGUAUUUUCUGGAACAGCUUUUAGCCAAGAAAAAACAUAUGUCCUUACAGCACCAAAAGUCUUCCGAGUUGGGACAUCUGAGAAAGUCGUAGUUCAAGUUUUUGGCUAUGAGAAUGAAUUUGCAGUCAGUCUUGCCUUAAGAAGCUUUCCAGAUAAGCUUGUUGCUUAUUCUUCUGGCCACAUUUCUUUAAAUCCAGACAACAACUUCCAAAAUUCUGUAACUGUAACACUUCAGCCAACAGAUUUAGCUGGCCCAGAGGACUCAGUCAAGUAUGUGUAUUUGGAAGCUGUUUCUCCGCAUUUUACCGGUUUAAAAAAAAUUCCUGUUUCCUAUGAGAAUGGAUUCCUUUUUAUUCACACAGAUAAACCAAUUUAUACUCCAGAUCAGUCAGUGAAAAUCAGGGUUUACUCUCUGAAUGAAGAACUGCAGCCAGCUCGGCGAGAAACGGUCCUGACUAUUGUGGAUCCAGAUGGAGUAAAAGUGGAUAUCAUAGAAGAAAAUGACUUUACUGGAAUAGUUUCUUUUCCUGACUUCAAGAUUCCUCCUAAUCCCAAGUAUGGAAUUUGGAAGAUUGAAGCAAAGUACAAGAAGAAUUACAUAACUUCAGCUGUUGCAAAAUUUGAAGUAAAAGAAUAUGCUAUGCCAAGCUUUUCCAUUGUCAUAGAGCCAGAAAAUAACUUCAUUAGUUCUGAUAAGUUUGAGAACUUCAGGAUUGCUGUAAAAGCUAGCUAUUUUUACAAUAAAAGACUUGCAAAGGCUGAUGUUUUUCUACGCUUUGGAAUAAUUGAAGGAACUGAAAAAAGAAUGAUGCCUCGUGCAAUGCAUGUAACUAAGAUUACAAAUGGAGUUGCUGAGAUCAAUUUUAACAGUAAGAAAGCAGUGAGUUCUUUAGGCUUUCAAAGCCUAGAAGAAUUGGAUGGGUCAUAUUUGUACAUUGCAGCAUCAGUAGCGGAGUCUAUGGGUGGCCUCAGUGGUGAAGUGGAAUUUUCUGGAGUCAAAUAUGCUGUAUCUCCUUACACACUGAGUUUGAUUGCUACGCCUCUCUUUAUAAAACCUGGACUUCCAUUCUUCAUUAAGGUGCAGGUGAAGGAUACAGUGGAUCACUUUGUUGGAAACAUCCCUCUAAUUAUCACUGCAAAAUCCUUUAGUGAACAGAUGGAUGAGACAGAGUUGAUUUCAGAGGGUUCAGAAUCUGGGAGAAGAGAAACAAGCAUAAAUGAUGGAACUGCUUUAUUUGUUGUUAAUAUCCCACCAGAUAGUAACCUACUGGAGUUUCAAGUAAAAACUGCUGAUCCACACCUUUCAGAUGGAAACCAAGCAACCAAAACCUAUGAAGCAAGAGUUUAUUCAUCAUUAAGUCAAAGUUAUCUUUAUAUUGACUGGGCUUCAAACCACAAAAUACUGAAUGUAGGGGAUUUCAUAAGUAUUAACAUAUAUCCACGAAGUCGAUAUAUUCAUAAUAUACAUCACUACAGCUAUUUGAUCACAUCAAAAGGGAAGAUUGUCAGCUUUGGAACUCAGAAGAGAAUUAAAGAUUUGGAAUACGAACAUCUGUCUUUUCAGAUAACUCAAGAAAUGGUUCCUUCAGCACGUCUUAUUGCUUACUAUAUUGUGGGAGAACCUGCUGAGUUAGUAGCUGAUUCAGUUUGGCUAAAUGUGGAACAGAAGUGUGGGAGUAGUCUUGAUAUUAAGUUGCUAUCGAGCAAAGAGACACAUAAGCCAGCAGAAGUUGUAUCACUUAACAUGAAAACACAAUCCAAUUCCUACGUUGCUUUGUCAUCUAUUGACAAGGCAAUAUAUGGAGUAACAGGAAGAGGAAAGAGACCAAUGGAAAAAAUAAUGCUAAAAUUGGAAAAGAGUGACCUUGGAUGUGGUGCUGGAGGAGGACAAAACAAUGUUGAUGUAUUCCGAAUGUCUGGGCUUACAUUUUUAACUAAUGCAAAUGCUGACGAUUCAAAUGAAGCAGGUGAAAAGUGCAGUGAAAUUGUAAGAACCAAACGGUCUGACUUUGAGGAGCGAGUACUCAAAGAAGCAUCCAAAUAUAAACAUCAAGAAAUUCGAAAAUGCUGUAUGCAUGGAGUAAAAGCGUAUCCAGUAAGUGAGACUUGCAGUGAUAGAGCCCGGCGAAUUCAGAGUCAUGCAAGGUGCAUUUCAGCAUUCAUAAAUUGCUGUGAAUUUGCAAACAGACUGCGGGAAGAAGAGCCUAAUAAGCUCCUAAUAUUGGCAAGAAAACAAUUUGAGGCUCUCUUGGAACUAGAUGAGACAGAAGUUCGAAGUUAUUUUCCUGAAAGCUGGUUAUGGGAAGUUCAUCAAGUUUCUCCACGGUCAAAGACUUUGUCUAUCACUCUGCCUGAUUCGCUGACUACCUGGGAAGUGCAAGGUGUUGGCAUUUCUGAUAAAGGUAUAUGUGUUGCUGCACCACUGGAAGUGCAAGUUGUAAAAGACAUCUUCCUUAGCAUCUAUGUUCCUUAUUCUGUGGUGCGAGGAGAACAAAUUGAAUUAAAGGGAUCCGUUUAUAACCAUAGAGCUUCUGCAAUUAAGUUCUGUGUUAAAAUAGCAACUGGAGAUGGAAUCUGUUCUUCUGGAGAUUCUGCAACUACUGGAGCAAGGAUGCACAAUUGUGUUUUUAAGAAUCUGGGUGCUGGUUCUUCAUCGCCAUUUAUGUUCAGGAUUCUUCCUUUGGAAUUAGGGCUUCACACUAUCAACUUCACACUGCUGACAACUGGGAGCAGUGAAACUGUAGUUAAAACAUUACGUGUAAAGCCAGAAGGCAUUAAAAAAGAACUUCAUGCGGGCUUCACUUUGGAUCCACAAGGUGUUUAUGGUACAAUCAAAAGACGACAAGAAUUUCGUUAUAAAAUUCCACUAAACCUGGUCCCUAAGACAAAAAUUGAUAGAAGUGUCAGUGUAAAAGGACAUCUUAUGGGUGAAGUAAUUGCCACAAUCCUCAGUCCUGAAGGUCUUAGUAUUCUUACAAAUCUGCCAAAGGGCAGUGCAGAGGCAGAGCUCAUGAGUAUUGCCCCAGUAUUUUAUGUGUUUCACUACUUGGAAGCAUCGAACAACUGGCAUAUACUGGGUCCUGAAACCUUAACUUCAAGAACUCAAAUGAGGAGGAAGAUGAAAGAAGGAAUUGUAAGCAUCUUGUCAUUCAGAAAUUCUGACUUCUCAUACAGCAUGUGGAAGAAUGGGCAAGCUAGCACAUGGUUGACAGCUUUUGCUUUAAGGAUUCUUGGACAAGUUAAUCAAUAUGUAAAUCUUGAUCAAAUUUCUGUUUGUAAUUCACUUCUUUGGUUCAUUGAUAACUGCCAAAUGCCAGAUGGAUCAUUCAGUGAAUUUUCAGAUUAUCAACCAGUGAAACUACAGGGUACGUUACCCAGAGAAGCUAAAGAAAAAUCUUUAUAUCUCACAGCAUUUUCUGUUAUUGGAAUUGAAAAAUCAAUUAAAAUAUGCCCUACUCAGAAAAUCCAUGAUGCUAAAAAUAAGGCAGGAGAUUAUUUGUUGAAAAAUGCACAGUCUGCUCAAAGCCCCUUUACGAUGGCAAUAAUUUCAUAUGCUUUAGCUCUUGUGGAUUUGAAUCAUCAGGCUGCAAGAUCGUUGUUCUCUGCUCUGAAGAGGGAAGCAUCUGUCAUAGGUGACCCUCCUAUCUAUCGUUUUUGGAAAGAUAGUUUUAAAACACCAGACCUACAUGCUCCCAGCUCUGUUACUGCACAAAUGGUUGAAACUACAGCAUAUGCAUUGCUUACUGCUUUGUUGAGAGGAGACAAGAGCUAUGCUAAUCCAAUCAUCAAGUGGUUGUCUGAAGAACAAAGAUACGGUGGAGGAUUUUACUCAACUCAGGAUACUGUUAAUGCUCUUGAGGCCUUGACUGAAUAUUCCCUUCUUGUCAAACGGCUUCAUCUGGACAUGGGCGUUAAGGUUGCAUACAAAAAUCAUGGAGACCUUCAUCUAUUUAAACUGACAGAAGAUAAUUUUGUGGGAAGAACUAUGACAGUACCUUUGGAUGAUGACAUAUACGUCAGCACAGGCAGCAGCACUGGCAUAGCUACAGUAAAUGUGAGGACAGUAUAUAAUGUAAUGGGUACUUCUGAAGAGUCAUGUAACUUUGAAUUGAAGAUUGUUCCAAAGAGAGACGAUGGUUACAGAGGAGAAGAUGGUGAGCCACUUGGGCGUUUAGAGGCUUGUGCAAAGUACAGGCCCAGCACAAGGGAGCCACAGUCAGGAUCUGCUCAUGUAGUGAUGGACAUAAGUUUGGUUAGUGGAUUGGAAGCAAAUACAGAAGACUUAUCUACUCUUGCAAGUGGAGUUGAUCAGUUGAUAGCUGAUUAUGAGAUAAAAGAUGGGCAUGUUAUUCUGCAGAUAGACUCUGUGCCAGCUGAUCAAUUCCUCUGUGUUGGGUUCCGAAUAAGUCAGCUUUUCCAUGUAGGAAUGCUAAAUCCUGGCACAUUCACUGUAUAUGAGUAUCAUGCACCUGAUAAAAGAUGCACUGUAUUUUAUAACCCAUAUGGAAAUGAAAAACUUAUGAGGUUGUGUGAAGGAGAUGAAUGCAAAUGCAUGGAAGCUGAGUGUAGCAAAGUACAAGAAAGACUAGAUCAGUCAAUAACUGCUGAUACCAGGAGAGAAGUUGCAUGCCAGAAUGAUAUUGCAUAUGUUUACAAAGUGAACAUCUUAUCUCGCAGUGAAGAAGGUUACUUUGUAAAGUAUUCUGCAACUAUUCUCGAUUUAUAUAAAAGAGGACAGGCUUUUGCUCAAAAGAAUAAUGAAAUUACCUUUGUUAAAAAGAAGACCUGUACUGAUGUUGAGCUGAGCCCUGGAAUGCAAUAUUUGAUCAUGGGAAAAGAAGCUUUAAAGAUAAACAUUGGUUACAGUUUCAGAUUCCAGUAUCCUUUGGACUCCAGCACUUGGAUUGAGUGGUGGCCUUCAAAUACUGCAUGUACAUUUUGUCAGGAGUUUUUAAACAGAAUGGAAGAUUUUGUUGAAGAUCUCAUCAUCAGUGGCUGUUGAUCUACAUGGAGAAUUUUUUAAUUAAAAAUACAGAUCACAUCUCAUUUAAAAAAACCCUCAGUUGUUUAGUAAUUCUUCUAGAACUUAACUGUCAUAAUUAUUACCUUGGAAAAAACUCUUGGCUUGUAUUUCAUAGCCAUUUUCUUAUUACCUGGUAAUUUUCAAAGUAUGUUUUUUAAGCUUGGAUGGGAGAAUAAUGCAGAAGACUUCAAAGACUUUUGAAGUCAGAUGAACUGAAAAGGAAUGAUUGUAAAAAUAACAUGGAAAAGCCUGUCUUUUGCCAGUAGCAAAAAUGCCUUAGAACACUGAAAUCCAAUGUCUUGUAAAAACAACCCUGCCUUCAGCACACACACUAAAAAAGGAAAAAUAAAAUGGCUUAUUAAAUAAUUUUGCUAAAGCUUUAAUUUUCAGUUUCUUAGACCUGCAGCUGACAGAAUCUUGCUUUUUUUACCUUUGGUAGUAUCCAGGCACUUAACAUUUUUCAUUCAACAUUUGGACAGAGUAACAGAUGUUUAAAUUAAACAAUACUGAAGGUUUACAAAGUUAAGAAAUUACAGAUUGUUCUAGUCCAUUUAUUUGGACUAUGCAUUGAAACACUGCAGUGUAUUUCAGACAAACAGAUCCCACUCCCUGCAACAGAAAGAAGCCAUUUUGGAAACCUACAGUUCAUAUUCAAUAGGCUGAAACUGUUACAGGCUCUUCACUUUUUGUAGCUAAACAAACUGAAUUUAUCAUGCUGAGAAACAGUCAAUAUUGGCCUUCAGUGUAUCUGGUAAUGUUUCAGUUAUGAACUUAUAAUUGCUUGCAUUGAGGGUAGUUACUUGCAAAUUAUUUUGCUGUAAUAGGAGAAAAUCCCCUUAAAAUAAUGCAAACUUUGUUAGCCUAGUGACUGAAAAAUGGCAGUGUUAAAUUAAGGCUAAAAAGAGACUAGUCAUGCUAUUACAAUGAAAAGUCAAGCAUGUGUUACAGGGGAAUCUCACUCUGAGAGCUCGGAUCUAGGGGUUCCCCUUGCUGCUGAUGAGCUAAG